AUGUCAAAUUUGGAUUUUCUGAAUGCUGGAUUUGCAGCAAUAUUCGGUGAAGGUGGACUCCCUUCGAGUAACAUACACGAACUGUGCGAAGCAACCUACAUCAUGGAACCUUUGCCUUCUCUGGGAGCAACUGGGGGUUGUUCUAGUUUGAGAAGUCGCAUGAUAGAUGUGUUUGUGUUUGGGUUACAAGGCGAAAUAUUCACUGUAAGGAUGCGGGAGACGUACACAGUCAGCAAAUUAAAAGCAAUUUUUGAAGAAAAGACGGGAAUAGACACGAGCGUAAUGGGUCUGACUUACGGUGGCAAGAGACUUGAUGAUAGAGAUGAAACCCCUUUAAUCAGCCUUGGAAUUUGCCAGCAAUAGCCUCUUCCUAAUUCUGGGUUUACGUAAUAGUGGCUUGCAGCAUCUUGGUAUCGAUCCUAGCGGACUGGCUCGCUCCAGCAGCGACAAUCGUGAAGUGAAGAAGAUCGAAGGUUAAUACCUCCCAUUGGGCUGGAGAGGACAAAUGGAUGACAACAAUGAAGUCCGUGAGAGAGCACAAUAGAAAGAGAAUUCUAUGUGGUUGCAAGAUGAGUGACACUGUGCAAGUGCUAUGCUAUGAGGUCUCUGUGUUAUGGAAAACAGUAACCUUGCUUCACUGUUCAAUAGCGAUAUGGGAGGUAACGAGUUUGGCAUAAAGAGCUCGAAAUUAUUCCCUUAUUCCGUUAGGCCUUCUAAAUAAGCACAAAGUUUUCCUUAUACAUAUUUUAACUUUUUUUCGUUGUCUUUUGCGUGGAAGAAGUAAUUAUGAACUCAUCGUAAAAAAAAAAUUUAGAAUUCAACGUUGUUCGUUUGACUUACAACCGGUAGGUAUAAUUUCCGGGAAAAGUCUUUCAUGAUAGUCAACGCACUUCAAUUUUGAUUCAGCCAUUGCUAGAAUAGAUACGAAAUAAUCACUGGUUAUUAGCCCCCUCUCCCCACGUCUAUGAACUUGCCAUUAGAAAUCUAAAAUAUCGCUCUGGGAAUAAUCUCUUUCGAACGGCAAGCAGACUGUUCUUUCGGUUAGACUGCUCCAUCUCUCUUAAUUUAGUUCUUAGAAACGUGUGUUGAUUGAGUAAGGAAUUAAAAAUAAAAAAGCUAAUCAACGGACACGAACGUUCUUAGAAACGUGUGUUAAUUAGGGAACAACAAUGACAUAGCUAAUUAAAAAACGCAACUUGUUUUUAUUAUUCUUUAUGUUUUUAGUUUCUCUAGUGCAACACGGCUGCCUUGCUACAAGCUAAGCCACCCACCCCCUCCCCACAGUUGUAGGCUCAGUUUAAGCUUACAAGAAAAAUAAUAUUAAUGCACGGAAAUGUAAAUUACGCUUUCGAUUUGCGCAAAAGCCGACCAAUCAAUUUGCCCGCUUGGAUGGUAAACAACCAAUGUUUCCAAGAAAAACAGGAGCGAAGAGUUAAGAGUAUAUGAGCCAUAAAUUAUUCAUCUAUAUUCGCUGAAGACGAGUUGGUUUUGUUCAUCUUAGUGAGAAACUUCAGAAAAUGUCAAAUUUGGAAUUGCUGAAUGCUGGAUUUGCAGCAAUAUUCGGUGAAAAUGGCCUCCCUUCGAGUAACAUACACGAACUGUUCGAAGCAACCUACAUCAUGAAACCUUUGCCUUCUCUGGGAGCAACAGCUGGAGGUCGGUCGAGUUUGAGAAGCCGCAUGAUAGAUGUGUUUGUAUACGGCCUACAAGAUGAAAUAUUCACUGUUAAAGUGCUGAACACGUACACAGUCAGCGAGUUAAAGACUGUUAUUGAAGAAAAAACAGGAAUAUACACGAAAGUGAUGGGUCUGAUUUACUGUGGCAAGAGACUCGAUGAUAGAGAUGAAACUCCUUUAAGCCGCCUCGGAAUUUGUCAUGGCAGUAGCGUCUUCCUAGUGCUGGGUUUACGUGGUGGUGGCUUGCCGCAUCAAAGUGUCGAUCCUAACGGGCUUGAUCCCCAAUACGAUUAUGAUUUUAGUACUGUCAAAGAUGACGGUCAGAUAUACAUGAGAGGAGGGCAUCAAUAUCAUCGACCUUACGGUUGGAACAGAAUAGCAGUCAAAGUUGUUAGCAAGUUCGGUUACAACGAAUGGCUCGGCCCAAACGGCAUACGCACCGAAGGAGCUCCAAACGAAUGGGCGGUUUCUUAUCAUGGCACAGCGAUUGAAAAUGCUGACAAGAUCAUCAAAGAAGGCUUCAAACCUGGUCCUAGAGAAUUGUAUGGUAAAGGCGUUUACAGCAGCCCCAGUAUUGAAAUGGUUGAAAAGCGUUACGCACAAUCAUUUGACCACAAGGGUAAGCGUUACUUAAUUGCUUUUCAGAAUCGUGUCAAUCCUCAUCGUGUCAAAAUCAUUCCUGCUAAAGAAACAGGUGUUGGAGCCGAUUACUGGCUCACACAGAAAGACGAUACGCGUCCCUACGGUGUGCUUAUUAAAGAAAUCGUAAAUGAAGAAUGUAUCAUUUCUUGA